CAAAGUCUGCCGUAAUAAGAAAGGUCAUAGAAGAAGACUGGCGCAGUCACGGAACAACAGCUAAAUACUAGCUUACCUAGCUAUUAUGAUGGAUAGCAUGAGUUAGUAAACCUGUGGUAAACUAAUCCUCAAAAUAUGACAUCGUAAAUGUGAACGGAAGAAGAAACACUAAGGCUACAAGCUCUGAUAGAUGCUGACAGCAACCAUCCAGGAUGUAUGCUGUGUACAGACAAGCCCACACCCCCACUGCAGUGGAGUUCUCGGUCUACUGCAACUUUAUAUCCAGUAAGGAGAAGAAUUUGGUCAUUGCUGGAACAUCUCAACUCUUUGUCUACAGGAUUAUUCAUGAUGUGGAGAGUACAUCAAAGGCUGACAAGUCUUCAGAUUCCAAAUCUCGUAAGGAGAAGCUGGAGCAGGUGGCAUCUUUUUCUCUUUUUGGUAAUGUUAUGUCCAUGGCCAGUGUGCAGCUUGUAGGAGCCAGCAGAGAUGCACUCCUUCUCAGUUUCAAAGAUGCCAAGUUGUCUGUAGUAGAAUAUGACCCUGGCACACAUGACCUCAAGACACUGUCUCUUCAUUACUUUGAGGAACCCGAGCUCAGAGAUGGCUUUGUCCAGAAUGUACAUAUUCCCAUUGUCCGUGUCGAUCCAGAGAAUCGCUGUGCUGUAAUGCUUGUUUAUGGUACCAAGCUUGUAGUGUUGCCAUUCAGGAAAGACACACUGUCUGAUGAACAGGAGGGUGGAGUUGGAGAAGGACCUAAAUCCAGCUUCCUACCCAGCUACAUCAUCGAUGUCCGCGAACUGGACGAGAAGCUGCUAAACAUCAUCGACAUGAAAUUCUUGCAUGGCUACUAUGAGCCCACAUUGCUCAUCCUGUUUGAGCCCAACCAGACAUGGCCUGGGCGCGUGGCUGUGCGUCAGGACACUUGUAGCAUUGUGGCCAUCUCUCUCAACAUCAUGCAGAGGGUCCAUCCUGUCAUCUGGUCCCUCAGCAAUCUGCCCUUUGACUGUACACAGGUCAUGGCUGUUCCAAAACCCAUCGGUGGUGUGGUAGUGUUUGCUGUGAAUUCAUUGCUGUAUCUGAACCAAAGUGUUCCACCAUAUGGAGUUUCUUUAAAUUCUCAGACAACUGGGACUACAGCCUUCCCACUGCGUGUACAGGAUGAAGUGAAGCUCACGCUCGACUGUUCCCAGUCAGAUUUUAUUGCCAGUGAUAAAAUGGUCAUCUCAUUGAAAGGAGGAGAAAUUUACGUGUUGACCCUCAUUACCGACGGCAUGAGGAGUGUUCGGGCUUUCCACUUUGACAAAGCAGCUGCCAGUGUCCUCACAACUUGUAUGGUGACCAUGGAGCCUGGCUACCUUUUCCUGGGUUCACGCCUUGGAAAUUCUCUGCUCCUGAAGUACACAGAGAAACUUCAGGAGACACCACUGGAGGAGGGCAAAGAAAAGCAGGAGAAAGAGAAGGAUAAAGAGAAACAGGAGGAACCACCAAACAAAAAGAAGCGAGUCGAUUCUUCUACCAACUGGACUGAUGAGGUGGAUGAGAUAGAGGUAUAUGGAAGUGAGGCCCAGUCAGGCACUCAGCUGGCCACCUAUUCCUUUGAGGUGUGUGAUAGUAUACUCAACAUUGGACCUUGUGUAAAUGCCUCUAUGGGGGAGCCUGCUUUCUUGUCUGAAGAGUUUCAGAGCAACCCUGAGCCUGACCUGGAGGUUGUAGUGUGCUCUGGUUACGGCAAGAAUGGUGCACUGUCUGUGCUUCAGAGAAGUAUCCGACCCCAGGUAGUCACUACGUUUGAGUUGCCAGGUUGUCACGACAUGUGGACAGUCAUCGCAAGUGAGGUCAAGGAAGACAAAAAAGCUGUAAAAACCGAUGAAUUAGAGGACGGGGUAGAGACUGAAACUGGUGACGAUGGUGACGAGGGAGAAAAGGAGGAGGAGGAGAAGGAUAAAGAGGAGGAGGAGAAGACCGAGCCUCCCCUGGAGGAUGAUAUGAAGAAGCACGGUUUUCUCAUUCUGAGCAGAGAAGAUUCAACCAUGAUACUUCAGACUGGUCAGGAGAUCAUGGAGCUGGACACCAGUGGUUUCGCCACCCAGGGUCCCACUGUGUUCGCUGGAAACAUUGGUGACAAUAAGUACAUCAUCCAAGUCUCCCCCAUGGGGAUCCGGCUGCUGGAAGGAGUGAAACAGCUCCACUUCAUCCCCGUGGACCUGGGCUCUCCCAUAGUGCAUUGCUCCAUAGCCGAUCCUUACGUGAUAAUCCUGACUGCAGAGGGGCAGGUCACCAUGUUUAUGCUGAAGACUGACUCGUACAUGGGAAAGGCACAAAGGCUGGCUCUGCAGAAACCACAGAUCCCCACUCAAGCACGUGUGAUCACACUGUGUGCGUACCGAGACGUAAGCGGCAUGUUCACCACAGAAAACAAAGUGAGCUGCUCUGUCAAAGAGGACACUUUUUUCAGGAGUCAGUCUGAAGCAGAGACCGUCAUCCAGGACCUCAGUAACACAGUGGAUGAUGAAGAGGAGAUGCUGUAUGGAGACUCCAGCACUAGUGCAGCGUCUGCAAAGGAGGAAAUCAGCCGCGGCUCUGUGGCACCAGCACCCUCUGGAAGUGAGGGAAGCCCGAGCAAAGCAGAGCCCACACACUGGUGCAUGAUCAUCAGGGAAAAUGGUGUCAUGGAGAUUUACCAGCUGCCAGACUGGCGGCUGGUGUUCCUGGUGAAGAACUUUCCUGUUGGUCAGAGGGUGCUGGUUGACAGUUCCUCUGGCCAAUCGGCAACACAGGGGGAGGCUAAAAAGGAAGAAGUAACCCGUCAAGGAGAUAUCCCAUUAGUCAAAGAAGUAGCUUUGGUUUCACUUGGCAACAAUCAUAGCAGACCAUAUUUACUGGUCCAUGUGGAGCAGGAGCUUCUGAUCUAUGAAGCAUUCCCAUACGAUCAACAGCAGCCACAGAACAACUUGAAAGUCCGCUUCAAAAAAGUGCCCCACAACAUAAACUUCAGAGAGAAGAAAUCGAAGCUUAAGAAGGACAGGAAGGCAGAGAGCGGCGCAGCCGAGGACGGUUCAGCUGUGAAAAGUCGCAUUACCCGGUUCCGAUACUUCGAGGACAUUUCUGGAUACUCAGGGGUGUUUAUCUGUGGGCCAUCUCCUCACUGGAUGCUGGUCACCUCUCGGGGGGCGAUGAGGCUUCACCCUAUGACCAUUGAUGGCUCCAUUGAGUCUUUCUCCCCUUUCCAUAACAUCAACUGCCCCAAAGGUUUUCUCUACUUCAACAAACAGGGUGAGCUGAGGAUCAGCGUUCUGCCCACCUAUCUGUCCUAUGAUGCCCCUUGGCCAGUCAGAAAAAUCCCACUGAGGUGCACCGUUCACUAUGUUUCCUACCAUGUCGAAUCCAAGGUGUAUGCUGUGUGCACCAGUGUGAAAGAACCCUGCACUCGCAUCCCAAGAAUGACUGGAGAGGAGAAGGAGUAUGAAGUCAUAGACCGAGAUGAACGCUACAUUCAUCCUCAGCAGGAGAAGUUCUCCAUCCAGCUCAUCUCUCCAGUCAGCUGGGAGGCCAUUCCCAACACAAGGAUUGACCUGGAGGAGUGGGAACAUGUGACCUGUAUGAAGACGGUGGCAUUGAGGAGUCAGGAGACUGUGUCCGGACUGAAGGGCUACAUCGCAGCAGGGACCUGCCUGAUGCAGGGGGAGGAAGUCACCUGCAGGGGCCGGAUUUUGAUCCUGGAUGUGAUUGAAGUGGUGCCAGAGCCAGGCCAGCCCCUCACCAAGAACAAGUUCAAAGUGCUGUAUGAGAAGGAACAGAAGGGUCCAGUGACAGCGCUGUGCCACUGCAACGGGUACCUGGUGUCAGCCAUUGGACAAAAGAUCUUCCUGUGGGUUCUGAAGGACAAUGAUCUGACCGGCAUGGCUUUCAUUGAUACCCAGCUCUACAUCCACCAGAUGAUCAGCAUAAAGAAUUUCAUCCUGGCUGCUGACCUGAUGAAAAGUAUCUCACUGCUGCGCUACCAGGAGGAGAGCAAGACUCUGUCACUCGUGAGCAGGGAUGCAAAGCCUCUGGAGGUCUACAGCAUCGAAUUCAUGGUGGAUAACAACCAGCUUGGAUUCUUGGUGUCAGAUCGAGACAAGAACCUUUACAUAUAUAUGUAUUUACCUGAAGCUAAAGAGAGCUUUGGAGGAAUGCGUCUGUUGAGGCGAGCUGACUUUAAUGCCGGAGCCCAAAUUAACACAUUCUGGCGGAUGCCGUGCAGAGGAGCCCUGGACACUGGCAGCAAGAAGGCUCUGACCUGGGACAACAAGCACAUCACAUGGUUUGCAACCCUAGACGGAGGAGUCGGCUUGCUCCUCCCCAUGCAGGAGAAGACUUACCGACGGCUACUGAUGUUACAGAAUGCCCUCACCACCAUGCUGCCUCACCAUGCCGGUCUAAACCCGAAGGCUUUCAGAAUGCUACACAGUGACAGACGGAGCCUGCAGAAUGCUGUGAGGAACAUCCUGGAUGGAGAGCUCCUCAACAAGUACUUGUACCUCAGCACAAUGGAGCGCAGUGAGCUGGCCAAGAAGAUUGGUACCACACAAGACAUAAUCCUGGACGACCUUCUGGAGAUCGACAGAGUGACAGCUCAUUUCUGAGAGCAACACUCCCAUGUCUUCUCCACUGAACGCUGUUUUAUACUAAGUGGAAACAUUUUGUUAUGGCCAUAUGUGGGCAACCCUUUUGUUUUUCUUACUGCUAGACAAAAAAAGAGGGCAGCCAUGUUUUCUUAUAUUUUGUAUUAAAAAAUCAACUAUCUUCACAA